CAUAUAAAACGCGAGGACGCCCCCACUUCUAGCAAAACGUCAAAUCACUCCGUUGUGUGCAGUUGUUCGUGCUUGGUGAAUUCGUUUAAAUUCAAUCCGCGUCUUCUCUGCAUCCUAAUAUAAUAACGACAAUUAUUUGUGAAAUUUAAAGCGUGUGUGUUCAGUGAUAUUCAAAUCAUUAAAUUACACAAGAUGUCUUUCAACACCGACAUUUCUUCUAAAUUGGAAAGCAGCAGAAAUACCUUGCGGAAAAUUGCCCGCAAUGACAACACCGAAUUCUCCAAGCAGAGCAUUCUGAAUGAUAUGGAAAAAUUUGUGAAAAUGGUUAACACCAUGGAUGAGACUGUGCUGGUACCCAGCCGCUUGAUGAAUCUGCCACAGGAAGGUGAUGAUGACCCAUUCAGCAUGUUUGCCAUGUUGAAUGACUUGAAGACUGAAUUGUUGUGGGCUGGUGAUGUUGAGGAGCAGGGUGACAGGGCGAGGCGAGUGUCUGACUUAAGUGAUAACGAAAGUGACACUUCUAGUGCGGCUGGAGAUUCUGGCAUAGAAGGGGAGGAUGAGAGGGAGUCAGCGGUUCGUGCAGCAGCCGCCUGUCGCAGACAUCUACGAGGGCUCCGUCAUUCCCUUCGCCAGCUCACAGCCGCUGCAGCACAUCUUACACGAACUUAUCAAGAAGAGGUGGGCGCACCAGUUUAGAGAAAAAAUUCCAACAGCCUGUGAUUGAAGCCUGUCCCGCACGUUUUGUAUAUAUAGUUUAAGCAGCCCACUUUGUACAUAUAGCUUUAAAGGGCUCCCGACGUGUAUGGGAAUCUCAGUAAGUUAUGUGGUUAUUUAAUAAACUUAAUUUUCAAUAUGA